CGUGCUGCUAAAAUCGUGCCUAAAUCUCAACAUUACCGAACCCCAAUUUUCCUUCAUGCUACCGCUGGAAUGAGGUUAUUGACUCCAACUGAACAACAACAGCUCUUGCAGAAUACUUGCAAGUACUUCCAGAAUAAUUCUGACUUUUAUAUCCCCGAUUGUGCAUCCCAUGUCAGUGUCAUUGACGGUGAUUUUGAAGGUUUAUAUGGCUGGUUAUCAAUAAACUCGUUGAUUGGAUCGUUCGACAAUCCUCAGAAACAUCAGCACGGGAAAAACCAUUCCACAUAUGGUUUGUUAGAUAUGGGUGGUGCUCUGACCCAAGUAGUGUUCCAACCUAAUUCUACCGAAAUCCAAGAACACCAGAAUAACUUGUAUCAUAUUAAUUUGAAUCAAGUCCCAAAAAGAUUGGGCAAUUUAAAUUCCACAUAUUCGGUACCAAAAGCUCUUGAUUUCGAUGUUUAUUCGGAUUCAUUCCUUGGAUUUGGAAUGUAUCAAGCCCAUUCCCGUUAUUUACAUUCCUUGGUAGAUCGAUUUAACAAGGAAAACAACAUCCCUUGGGGAAGCAAAAAUCGUUCACCUAUAGAUGACCCAUGUUUACCUAAGGGGUAUACUGCUCUGGAAAUAAUCGACGAUUAUUCUUAUGAUUUCAUUGGGGUUAGCAAGUUUGAAGAAUGCUUAACUAGUAUUUUCCCAGUUUUGCAGAAUUCUACCCAUGGGGGAGUAUCUACUCCUAAAGGAAACUGUAAGCAGUUUAGUGAAGCUAAUGAAGUUAGUUCAUGUCUUUUGAAUGACUUGAUUCCUGCAUUUGACUUUGAUGUCAACCAUUUUAUUGGAGUAAGUGGCUAUUGGAAUACUAUUGAAGAACUACUUUCUACACAUACCAAGAGAGGAGACAAGGAUCAAAAGAGUAGUUAUGACUAUCAACUUAUUUUUAAAGAGACUGGAAAAGUUUGUUCAGAAUCUUGGUCUACUCUACUUGAAUUGAAUCAAAAGCGGAAAUCCCCAAUUAGCGAAGAUGAAUUAUCAGAAUUAUGUUUCAAAACAUCAUGGAUCCUUAACUUCUUACACUUGGGACUUGGAUUCCCUCGAUUUGGUAUAGAUGAAAUUCCUAAUAAAAAUAAUAAGGGAUUUGAAUCACUUCAAAUGGUGGAAGAAUUAGGAGGUAAUUCAUUUUCAUGGACAUUGGGAAGAGCUAUGCUUUAUGCCAAUGAUGAAUAUGUCCAAGCUUACAAUAAUUAUACCAACGGUACAUUGAAGAGACCUGGUUUCUUUCACAGUCCUCUGGAAUAUGUCUACCAAUAUGGUGCUGAACAAAAUGGUAUUUCUCCACGACCAGUAUUUGUUACUCCUCGUGACCUGGAAAAGUAUCACAAUUAUGAUUAUGAAAACCAGAACGAGGAAGACCUUUCCGGUAAGACCACUCAUAGAUGGUACGGGUUUUUCAUAUUCCUUGGUUUAAUAUUUGUUGUUGGUUGGUUCAUGUUGGGUAGCAUGGGACGUAAGGUUUUCUCUCAAAAGAUUAAGAAAGGAAUUAGGUCAUUAGUUAGGCUUACUCCAGGAUACAAUAGCGCAAAAUAUGUUUCAGUUGGAUCUAGUGACGAUUUGGAAACUGGAUAUGAAUUGGAUGAGUUGGACAAUGAUUCUACUACAAACAAAAGCAUUGACCAACAAUUUACAAUUGAUAGUGAUGAGGAACAAGAACAAGCCAUAUGAUUCUAAAUAUAAAGCCUAUAUACUAACUACAUAUUUUUCCCCCUUUGCCCCUUUGUUCUCUAAAUCUUUUAAUGCAUUGUCAAUGAUAUGAAGUCCACCCUUGUAGUGCCUAUACCUUACUGGUUUAAUCAAUCUUUUAUUCAAGAAAUGACUAGUAGCAGUGAUAAAUUGCUCUCCAAAUUUCAAAUCUUCAUGGAAUCGUUUGAUAACCACUUCUUUUAUUUCAACGCUUUCUGGAUGUUCUUUAGGAACACCUACUAUACCUGCAAAUUGUGCAGGCUCUGUCGACAAUGAGCUUUUAGUUUGAUCAAGGAUAUCAAGCACGAUUGUAGAAGUUUGCUUACUAACACAAUCAACACCAUACUUAAUACCUUCUUCACCAACAAUCAGCUUGAUUUUGGCAACGAUUUGUGCUUCAGUUAAGUGACGGUUGAUGACAUGGUCAGCUCCUAAACUAACCAAGUAAUCCUUAUGGUCCAAACUAGCAAUGCUAAUAACUUUCAAGCCAUAUAAUUUUGCCAAUUGUGUUAAAUAAAUCCCAACAACAGUAGCACCACCCCAUAUUAACAAGUAACCAUCAGCUUGUUCCGGGAUUUCACUCAAUUG